CCCUGCCGGGGCUGCGCGCAGCGCCCGCCGCAUCCUGAGAGACUGCUGUGAGUUUUGGACAUCAGCCAUGGGUGUUAGAGGCUUGCAGGGAUUUGUGGCAAGAGUUUGCCCUGAGGCAUGCCAAACAGUAGAUCUGAGAGAAAUGGCAGAAAAGCAUCGCAUUGAUCAUCCUGGUUGCCCACCUGUUAUCGUGGUAGAUGCCAUGAGUUGCGUUAGACGCUGGUACACACCAGAAUCCUGGGUGUGCGGUGGCCAGUGGCGGGAGUACCUUGCCAUUUUAGAGGAUUUUAUCAGUGCUUUUAUGGCAGCUGGUAUCAAGUUGGUGUUUUACUUCGACGGGGUGGUAGAAGAGAAAAAGAGAGAUGAGUGGAUCAAACGGAGGAUGAAGAAUACUGAGGAAAUAGCCAGAUUAUUUCAGUUUAUCAAGACUCACAGGAAACAGCCAGGGAGAGAAAUGUUUGUUCUUCCUUCAGCUCUGCCUACUUUUACACGUUAUGCCCUGAAAUCACUCGGACAAAAAACAGUUUGCACAUUACAAGAGGCAGACUUUGAGGUGGCUGCAUAUGGUUUGCAGCACAACUGUAUAGGAAUUCUGGGGCAAGAUAGUGACUAUCUCAUCUAUAACACAUGUCCCUACUUUUCCAUUGAGAACCUCUGUUUGGACAGACUGGUCACUGUUAUGUACUCUCGAGAAGUUCUUUGCCAUGUGCUGGGUAUUAGUUUGGCACACCUUCCUCUCUUUGCGUGCUUGCUUGGAAAUGAUGUUGUUCCAGAAAGCAUGUUGGAAGGCUUUUGGCACAAAUGUUUAACCACCAGUCCCCACAGGAAUAAUAGCUACAACAGAAGAACAAACAUACUGCUGUCUGUAGCAAAUUACAUCUCAAAAAUUCCAUGCUCGUACAGCAGCCUGAAACACUUGGAAGAGAUUCUACCUCUGGGAUCAGACAAGACAUUGCUUUGCAGAGGAGUGAACUCCUAUCUUUUGCCUGGGCAGCAGUCUCCAUGGGUUCCUCCCAAUGAAACAAAUUGUCAAAUGUUGUCCCUUCAACAACAAUCAGCUCUCUGUCAAGAUAAAGAAGUCUUUCAGCUAGCUAAAGAACAGCAUAUCCAAUCUGAAAAUUAUUCGAUCUUCAAUAUCCUAAGUCAUGGAGAGAUUGAGUGCAGCAACUCCUUGGAAGAUGACUAUGAUACAGAGAUUCCUGGACAAGCACUUAUCUACCGCCCUGCUCGUCAGCAUAUUUAUUCUAUCUUGUUGGAAUCUGGAAAAGGUGGAACCUGUCCUUUGGUAAAAGAGUGGUUUGUCUAUUUUGGAAAUCCUCUCAAGCAGCCGGACCUGAUACAACCUGUACAACCUUCUGUUACAGGUGGAACACCUAAUUUGAAAACACUGUGGCUUGCCAAAGGGCCUGACGUGGAGAAGCAGCGCUAUAGUACAUUUCUGGCAUGCUUUCACCUUCAAGAUGGGAUGGAAGAACUCCAGGCUCUGGAAGCACCUGUUGCAGGAUUCUGCUGCUUGCUGGCCUAUCUUAUGAUGCAGGUCAGUAGCCUCUCUCUGGAGGACUUAAAUGCAUUUCUGGCACUCAUUCUCUGCCUCAAAGGGAAAUCAGCAGCUCAACUGACAGGCCUGCAGCUCACACAGGUAGACUCCAGGGCUGUACAUCUGGGUGCUGUCCUUAUCCGUGGCCUUACGACUUUGCUCAUGGCCAACAGUGCCUGUGGCUUUCCAUUCAGGAUGGAUGAUCUGAUGCCUUGGGCAGUGUUUGAUGGAAAACUUUUUCAAGAAAAAUACCAGAAGGCACACCGAGGUUGCUCUGUGGAAGAACUUUUGGAAGGCAAUGAGUCUUUGUACACACCCUUCCAGAAUCUGAAAUCUCUCAUUUGCAAGUUUUGCAUGGCAAAGAACAGAACAAUACAGAGCAGACCAAGAGGAAAUGGAUUUAACACAGGAAGAGAACAAAGAGAUUUUAAUCCCAGGUUACAACAGCCACACAGAAGUCAUUUUGUUUCUCCAUAUCAUAACCAGAUGAGGGAGUUCACACAAAGACAUCUGCAAUCCCAAGGUAGAGGAUCAGGACAUCCACAUGGAAGGAGAUAUCACCUUCCUCCUCGGUAAAGAAUUCAUGUCUACAAGUGGCAAAUGGGAUGGUGGAAUAAUUGCCACUGGAAUAAUUUUUGUUUAUUCAGGCUUUCACCUGUUUUUAUGAACUGUGCAGAGUAACUGGGCAGUGUGACUGUGGAGGAAAUCACACAAAGCUGAGGCUGUUCAGCAAGUUAAUCACUUACCAUGUUAGGCCUAAGCUCGUUAUGAGACUAGAAUCACCAAAACUUAAGGUACAGCUACCUGAGGCACAGUAGCAUCCCAGUAUAGCUACACUGUUUUGUCCAUUUAACAAGGGAAAGUCUGAAUUGUUUUUUAUAAUAUUGUGAGAUAUUACUGAGUGUGAAUUUAAGAUUUAAACUGUAAUUUUUGCAUAUUUUUGUAAUAGUUGUUUAUAUUACAAUACUUUCCUCACUAUGAAUAAUGUGUCAUGUCUAUGCUGUAUUGUGGUUUGUAUCUUGAUUGUGGAUUAUAUCUGUGUUUUAAGGGUUAUAUCAUUGUUUCUAAAAAAGUUUGAAACAUGACAUCACUGAUGUAAGCAUCAUCUGCCAGUGAAACAAUGUCACUUUCUUGUAAAAUGUAACACUUUUUUACAAAGGAAAAAAUUGCUUGUACAUUUGAUACUUUUAGUUAAGCAAUUUUUUGUAAUUUUUUCAACUGAGGAAAGAAUCUAUCAUGCUCUACUUCUAUAAUGAAUAAUACAUAUAAGAACUCAAUAUUUCUUUUCUGCCCAGAAGUCUAGAACACUGACCUUCAAAAUGAAAAAUUGCUGUGUUUCACUCUGUGAUUCAGUUUUAGUAAUAUAUGUAUUUGUUUAGUUCUAAAAUCAAGGGGAUGUCAAGAGAGGCUCUUCUUAGUGGUGCCAAGCAAUAGGACAAGAGGCAAUGGGCAGAAACUGAUGCACAGGAAGUUCUACUUGAAUAUGAGGAAGAAAUUCUUCACUGUGAGGGUGACUGAGCAUAGGAACUGAUUGUCCUGAGAGGUUGUGACGUUCAAGAACCACCUGGCCUCAAUCCUCUUCCCCGUGCUCUGGGACCUCUCUGUGACUGAACAGGGAGGUUGGACCAGAUAACCCCCUGUGGUUCCUUCCAGUCUGACCCAUUCUGUGAUUCUGUGAUUUUUCAGUUAAUGGUGUUCUUAGACCUUAUUUCACACAACACAGUGUCUUGAUUUGCAUUUCAGAAAAUGCACUGUCAUCAUAGGGGUAUUCCUGCUUCCUUUUUUAAUCAAUUUUCCACUGACUGUAAUUGUACUAUCAUUUUUUUAUUAUCAUUUUUAUUCUUCCCCUCCAAACCUUUUGAAAUAAUGUGGUCUGAUUUUUAUGAAAACUUCUCUGGUUUCAGGGAUCUCAUGAGGUAUAAUCGUGUAUUUUGAAAGAAUGUGAUCAUGUGCCAGAAUCUGUUGGUAAUUCCCUCUUCAGGCUUUGGUAUGAGAAAAAAUAUCUGUUGUCCUCAAUAAAAAAAGUUAAAUACAGUCAGAGUGGGAGUUUUGCUGUGCUAGCUGUGGUAUGAAUUGUUGGUAAUAAUUACCCUGAUUACUGAAGAAUUGAUGGCAUAUCUGUGAGGUUGUUUUUCUUCCUAAUGUUAGACCAUAAGCAGAAGCUACUUAUUAUUAUUCUUUCCAAGCCAAAAGAUUUUUUUUUCCCACCAGGAAUAGUAGAGGGAAAGCAGAAGCAUGAAGCUGAAACAUAGAGGUGCUACUUUCCUGUCUCACUGGACUUAGAAUUGUUCACAAUUCACAAUGCCACAAAGCUUAUGGACUCUAGAAAUAAAUAAUAUCA